AUGGUGCCGCUGGGCGAGGAGACGCCGCUGAUCGGGGAGCGCUCGUGCAGCCUCUCGUCCACGGAGACGGGCACGCUGCAGGUCUUCCUGUACCACCGGGCGCGCCACGGCGGCCCCGACGCUGCCGGCCUCGACGGCGCCGGCGUCCUCACCUUCACCUUCGGCGAGUACACGGCCGAGGAGCUCUGCGUCCGCGCGGCGCAGGCCUGCGGUGUGCUGCCCGUCUGUCACUCCCUCUUCGCCCUGGCCACCGAGGAUCUCACGUGCUGGUUCCCCCCCAACCACGUCUUUACUGUGGACGACUCGCACAGCCAGGUCGUGGUCUAUCGCAUCAGGUUCUUCUUCCCCAACUGGUGUGGGCUGGGACAGUCGCACCGGUUCCAGCUGAUGAACGACCGGGCCAGCGCCGUCCUGGACUACCCCGUCAUUGAUUACCUCUUUGCCCAGUCCCGCAGCGACUUCGUGGGCGGGCGCGCGGAGGUGGCGCUGAGCCUGCAGACGCAGGAGGAGUGCCUGAGCCUGGCGCUGCUCGACAUGCUGCGCAUCGCCAAGGAGAAGCAGCAGAGCCCGCAGGAGACCUUCAGCUGCGUCAGCUACAAGUCGUGCCUGCCCGAGCAGCUGCGCUGCCAGAUCCAGCAGCACAGCUUCCUGACGCGCAAGCGCAUCCGCCGCCACUUCGGCAAGUCCCUGCGCAGGAUCGGCGGCUGCCGCCCGGACGGCCGCUUCCUCAAGCUCAAGUACCUGCUGGACCUGGAGCGGCUGCAGGCGCGCUGGGCGGAGGAGAGCUUCCGCGCGCGCGCACCCACCGCCGCCGUCACCGUGCACGUGGCCGGCGGCAGCGGCGUCUCCUGGAGCUGCGACGGGGCCGAGAGCCGCCAGCACUUCUGCGACUUCCCCGACAUCGCCGACAUCAGCAUCAAGCAGGCGAGCCGGGACGGCAGCCCCGCCGAGAGCCGCGUCGUCACCCUCACCAAGACGGACAACCGGGUGCUGGAGGUGGAGUUCCCAUCGCUGCGGGAAGCCCUGUCCUUCGUGGCCCUCGUGGACGGCUACUACCGCCUGACCGCGGAUGCCCAGCACUACUUCUGCAAGGAGGUGGCUCCCCCCCGGCUCUUGGAGGACCUGGAGAGCGGCUGCCACGGGCCCAUCAGCUCCGAGUUCGCCGUGAGCAAGCUGCAGGCGGCGGGGAGCCGCGCGGGGCUCUACCUGCUGCGCCGCAGCCCGCAGGACUUCGACAGCUACCUGCUCACCGUGUGCGCCGAGACCCGCUCCGGCCCGGACUACAAGCGCUGCCUGAUCCGGCGGGACGAGGACGGCCGCUUCGUGCUCGCCGGGGUGCCGCGGCGCUUCUGCAGCCUGCGCGAGCUGCUGGGCACCUACGGGCGCUGCGGGCUGCAGGCCGAGGGCGCCCGCCUGCGCCUGGCCGCCUGCUGCCCGCCCCAGCCCAAAGAGCGCUCCAACCUGCUCAUCGUGCGCAGCGGCUGCCCCCGGCUGCCCGGCUCGCCCCCGGCCCCGCGCCGCGGCCUCCCCCACAUGACGUUCCACAAGAUCAGCCCUGAGAGCCUCGUGCGGGGCGAGAGCCUGGGCCAGGGCUCCUUCACCCACAUCUACAAGGGCGUCAAGCGGGACCAGAAGGAGGACGAGUACUACCAGACCGAGGUGGUGCUCAAGGUCAUGGACAGCAGCCACCACAACUGCUCCGAGUCCUUCCUGGAGGCCGCCAGCAUCAUGAGCCAGCUCUCGCACAAGCACCUCGUGCUGCUGCACGGCGUCAGCCUGGGGAAGGACAGUAUCAUGGUGCAGGAGUACGUCCGCUACGGGCCCCUGGACCUCUACCUGAAGAAGAACCAAGGCGAGGGCAAGGUGACCACGAGCUGGAAGCUGCAGGUGGCCAAGCAGCUGGCGCACGCCCUCAACUACCUGGAGGACAAAAAAAUCACGCACGGCAACGUCUCUGCUAAGAAGGUGCUGUUGACGCGGGAGGGGGACGCAGCCAGCGGCAGCCCCCCCUUCAUCAAGCUCAAUGACCCCGGAGUGAGCGUCACCGUCUUGGCCAAGGAGAUGCUCGUCGAGCGCAUCCCCUGGGUGGCUCCCGAGUGCGUCAGCGACCCCCAGAGCCUGGCGCUGCCGGCCGACAAGUGGAGCUUCGGGGCCACCCUCUGGGAGAUCUUCAGCGGUGGCAACAUGCCCGUGAGCCUGCUGGAGCCGCAGGAGAAGCUGCGUUUCUACGAGAGCCGCCACCAGCUGCCCGCGCCCAAGUGGACCGAGCUGGCCACGCUCAUCGCGCAGUGCAUGGCCUACGAGCCGCGGCACCGGCCCUGCUUCCGCGCCGUCAUCCGCGACCUCAACAGCCUCAUCACCUCCGAUUACGAGCUGCUCUCGGACCUGGCCCCGGGUGACGUGACGCUGCGCGACAGCUUUUGGGGGUACGAGCACGUGGCCGUGCACCAUGACCCCACGCUCUUCGAGGAGCGGCACCUCAAGUACAUCUCUCUGCUGGGCAAGGGCAACUUUGGGAGCGUGGAGCUGUGCCGCUACGACCCGCUGGGCGACAGCACGGGCGAGCUGGUGGCCGUGAAGAAGCUGCAGCAGGACUCGGCCAAGGAGCUGCGGGACUUCGAGAGGGAGAUCCACAUCCUGCACUCGCUGCAGCACGACUUCAUCGUCAAGUACCGCGGCGUCUGCUACAGCCGCGGGCGCCGUGGCCUGCGGCUCGUCAUGGAGUAUCUGCCCAAUGGGUGCCUGCGGGACUACCUGCAGAAGAACCAGCACCGCCUGGAGCACCGGACCCUGCUGCUCUACGCCUGGCAGAUCUGCAAGGGCAUGGAGUACCUGGGGGCGCAGCGCUGCGUGCACCGCGACCUGGCCAACAGGAACAUCCUGGUGGAGAGCGAGAGCCACGUGAAGAUCGGCGACUUCGGCCUGGCCAAGCUGCUGCCGCAGGACAAGGACUAUUACGUGGUGCAGGAGCCCGGCCAGAGCCCCGUGUUCUGGUACGCGCCCGAGUCCCUCGCGGACAACGUCUUCUCCCGGGCGUCUGACAUCUGGAGCUUUGGGGUCCUCCUCUAUGAGCUCUUCACCUACAGCAACAAGAGCAAGAGCCCCUCCGAGGAAUUCCUGCGCAUGAUGGGCACCAACAAGGCGGCGCAGAUCGUCUGCACCUUGCUGGAGCUGCUCAAGGAGAACCGGCGGCUGCCGGCGCCGGCGGGCUGCCCCGUGGAGGUCUACGCGCUCAUGCUGAGCUGCUGGGCGCUGGCGCCCGGCGCCAGGCCCACGUUCGGCGAGCUGGCGCCGCGCAUCGAGGCGCUGCGCGACGGGCGCAGCAAGGCUCGCGGGUAG